AAACCAAAGGUCUAAAAUAGUCUUACGUUAAUACAAAGCCUUUUUUUCCUUCUUCAAACUUUAUCCAUAUCUCUAUAUCUAUCUAUCUAUCUAUCUAUCUAUCUAUCUAUCUAUCUAUCUAUCUAUCUAAAUUAUUUAUCGCUGUUUCGCUUCAUGAGAAAGAAAGAAACUUCUUCUUCACAUGCAUAACAAAUUCAUUUUCUUCUUCACAAUGAACAAACACUACAACGUAGUGCUUGUAUCUUUUUAGUAUUAUUAUGGUAUCCUCGUACUUCAACUAUGGAAUCUGCAAAGACUAUGUUUUGUUCUUCUCAACCGUUUCCUCCAAGAAUUCACCACUGGAACACUCUUCCUUCUUAUACUUCUGUUUUGAUGCUCCGGGAACAAGUUGCGCCUACAGUCACCUCCUGGUGUACUAGCUUUUCAGCUCAGAAUUUUCCUACUUCGGUUCUUUUACAAGAGCAGUGUGAUGAGUAUAGGCCUCCAUUGCACAUUUCUAAGAAAGACAAGACAUGUCAGGCAACAUUAAAUACAAAGCAGAUGGAUAUGGUCUCUGUUCAUGAAGACAAUGACACCAGCAACGUUGAUCAGGUAGCACGUGACUUCAGGAAGCACCUGCAUCUCUUGCCUCAUUUAGAAAACUUAUUAAGUUCCUCGCAAACAGGAGAAGUGGAUGCUUCUUUAACUCUACAGCUUGCAGAUAGUUUGCAAUGUAAUGCAGUUUCUCCCACAAAACACGCAGCCUCAGUAGCUGAAAACUUGAGAUCAAUUAAAGCUGAUGAGGAUGCUGACAAUUCAAUAUCUUCUGGUUUAGCCUCUUCUUCCAUUUUGGCUGAACCUUCACUUGGAAGAAAUAAAACCGUAAGGUCAACACGACAUCGAGAGAGACGAGCAAAAGAGAGAAAGGUACCGAAGUCAAAAGUUAAAGACAACGAAACUUACCUUGUCGGAAAGGAUUCUAGACAGGAAAAACUACACGUACAAAAGAAGAUAAAUAAAGGAUUGAAUCAAAAUGGUCUGUUGAAAUCAUUCUUGCAGAGUCCUGAAGCAAAACAACUUUUAACUUCUGAACAAGAGUGUCAGUUGGUUGCUCAGAUACAGGACCUAUUGAGAUUGGAAGAAUUGAAGACAAGUCUUCAAUCUCAAUUUGGAAGGGAACCAACUUUAGCUGAAUGGGCCGAGGGUGCAGGGCUUAACUGUCGGAAACUAAAGGCACAACUUCGUUGUGGUAACAGAAGCAGAGAAAAAUUGAUUCAAGCAAAUGUACGCAUGGUACACUAUGUUGCUAAAAGUUACCAAGGGCGUGGUCUCAGCCUCGAGGACUUAUUACAGGAGGGACGUACAGGUCUCAUAAAGAGUGUUAAAAAGUUUAAACCUCUAUCUGGGUCCCGAUUUGCUACUUAUUCAUAUUGGUGGAUUAAACAAGCAAUAAGGAAGGCCAUAUACAAUCAUUCCAGGACAAUCCGUUUACCGGAAAAGGUAUUUAACAAACUUAGCAAGGUAAUGGAGGCAAAGAAAUUGUAUAUGGAAGAGGGAAAUCUUAACCCAAGCAAAGAAGAAUUAGGAAGAAGGGUUGGAAUGACAGCAGGCAAGGUUGAAAGUUUGUUAUUUGUUGCAAGAACUCCAAUUUCUAUGCAGAAAACUGUGGGAGCUGAUACGGAUACAAUUUUGCAGGAGAUUACUGAAGACACUGCAAUUGAGAGCCCAAACAUGAGUGUUUCAAAACAGCUUAUGAGACGACAUGUGCUCAAUGUCUUAAAUAAAUUACGCCCUAAAGAAAGAAGGAUAAUUCGACUAAGAUUUGGUUUCGAGGAUGGAGAAGAAAGAUCUUUAUCAGAAAUCGGAGAAAUAUUUGGCUUGUCUAGAGAAAGGAUUCAUCAGUUGGAGAACCGGGCACUCUACAGGCUCAAAAAGUGUCUUGUCAGUCAAGGACUUGAUGCUUAUGCAGACAAGCUUAUAUAGAAGAGAAGACACCAAGAUUAUGCAUUUCAUUUUAUAUGGUCGAGAGUCGCAGACUUUUUCAAGCUACUUUUUGUAGUCUAGUACCUAGAUCGAGUUUUGAAAGGCGGAUUUAACACUAAACAGCUGGAAUUGAGGACAAAUCAAAGGGCCUAAUGGCUGGAAAUUGUGGAAGAAAUCAAAGUAACAGGCAAGACUUAUACAAAUGAGAACAUCUAUAGUAAAAAUUAUUUCAAUGACAUUUUUUCCAAAAAAUAAACAUUCAAUAAAUGGCAUUUAUAUAUGUUUAAUGUGGAUUUAUAUUAUUUUUAUUGAAUUUUACAUUCUCUGGUGGUGCUUA